UAUUAUAAUUCAGCAAUAGAUUUCAGAUUGCCCCUUAUUUUUUACCUCCGUGGAAAUAAUUACGAAAAUUUGAAAGGCUGUAUUUCGUCGUACUUGGAUAGGAGUGAAAGCAGCAAAUGUCAACUGGAAAAGUGCGCCUGGUGGUUCUGAAAAAACAAAAAAAAUGAGCCUAAUAUCUAGAACUGCCAUUCAUUGGCAGUAUUGUUCAGGAGUAGUUGGAAUUGUCCGUCGUAAAUUUCAAAGACUGAGAUAUAUCUAUAUGUUACAUGAACGCAUAGAUGUGGAUAGUCCUCUUUGGGACCAAUCAACUUUCCUUGGGAGACUGAAACACUUUUUUUGGGUGACAGAUCCAAGAACAUGCACUGCUUCUGAUACAGCAUUAGAUGAUGCCAAGAAGUUAAUAGAACUCUACAGGAUUGGUAAGGAACCUCCAGGAACAAAUCAAGAGCAAAUCAUAUAUGCAAAGAAACUGUAUGACAGUGCAUUCCAUCCGGACACUGGUGAGAAACAAAAUGUGUUUGGCAGAAUGUCUUUCCAGGUCCCUGGAGGUAUGGCAAUCACAGGAGCUAUGUUACAAUUCUACAGGACAUCCACAGCAGUAGUGUUUUGGCAGUGGGUGAACCAGUCGUUCAAUGCUCUUGUUAACUACACAAAUAGAAAUGCAAAUUCUGAUGUGACAACAACACAGCUAGGUGUUGCUUAUGUGUCAGCAACUGCAUCAGCUAUGAUUACAGCUGUAGGAUGCCGUACAUUUUGGGAGAAACGAGCCAGCUCCCUCUUGCAGCGGUACGUGCCUUUUGCUGCUGUUGCUGCAGCAAAUUGUGUUAACAUUCCUCUAAUGCGGCAGAAUGAACUGAUUCAUGGUAUAGACGUCUAUGAUGAAAAUGGGAACAAAAUUGCCAAGUCAAAGAUUGCAGCUGCCAAAGGGAUUUCUCAGGUUGUCAUAUCUCGGAUUGUGAUGUGUGCACCAGGCAUGACAAUUCUACCCAUAGUGAUGGAACGUCUGGAAAAGUACCCAUGGAUGCAAAAAAUUAAGCCUCUCCAUGCACCAAUACAAGUUGUACUCGUAGGUUGCUUUUUGACAUUCAUGGUACCUGUUGCCUGUGCAUUAUUUCCACAAAAAUGUUCCUUAAAAGUGAGCACCCUAGCAUUGCUUGAGCCAGAAGAAUAUAACAAACUGAAGAAAUCUGGACUAGAAAUUCCGGAGUAUGUUUAUUUCAACAAAGGCCUCUAACAGCCAGCUUUAUUUGAAGGAAGAUUGUUUCAAAACUAUCUGAGACACAGUUGUCAAUAUGUGAUAUUAAAUUAGUAAUUUUAUAAUUUGAAAAGACAAACACAAAUUAAGUUCAGAAUACUAUAAAAUGUAAGAUCUGACGAUGACAGAAUAAGUUAUAAUUUUUCCAUGUAAAGUGUGUACAAAAAGUAAAUACAGGAAUCGGUGAGAGGUUUUCAAGUCAGAAAAGUUUGUGUAAUAGCCUCUCUGACAUGUUAAAAGUAAUCAUUGUUGGCAAAACUAAAAAAAUCAGGGCUCAAGUAGCUGUUCACCACUCAUAAACAAAGUAGUAUCGCAUAUCACAAACAUCAGCUUGCCAUUCACCGAUAUUGUGUUUUUAAUUGCAUACUUCUGAAGAUUAAUUAUUUAAUUAUUCAUGUUAAGUGUGGAAUUUUGUUUUGUAAAUGGGUGUCAUUCAUUUUUAGAUGUCAAUUUAUAUGACAAACAGAAAUAUUAUUGAUAUUAUUGGUCUUUGUACACAAAUUAUUAUUAUUAUUAUUAUUAUUAUUAUGCCUUUUUACAUUUGGAAGUGAACUUUGAAAGAAAUCUGGCUUUCAAAGAAAACAUUCUUUGUGAGCAGGUUUGCUUACCCUCCUCCGUCCAAGGAGCACCGUUUCUUCUUUUUGGUUGCUCAACUCUGUGUAGCCCAUUCAUAGCUAUCUUCUUGCAGAAGAGAUUCUUGUCACAGGCAUCUUCAAGUUUGAUUUGUGGGAACUGAAGAUCUACUUUGGUAUUCCUAAAUUAGGGUAUUGUAGUGGUAGGGUUUGAAUAAAAAGACAGGAAGAUCUGGCUCAACCUGUUCCCGUCCAUUCAUUUGAGGUGACAGUAAAAUUGUACAGUUAUUUUGCAGAUUGUCUUGCAUUAUGGAUAGUGUUUUGGCUGCAUGCAUAACUAUUGGUUUCAGAACAGUUUCACAGUGAUGUACUUCAGUAUUUUGUGAAAGUCCAUGAUUGGCAACAAAAAGAAAUGUCUAUGAUGUUAUUGCUGAAGCUGCCAGACAUAAUAAGAAUUUUGUGUGUGUCAGCCUUUGCCCAUGUUUUACCUUAAUCUCAGGUCACAUCUACAGCUCAUAUAAAGUGCCUUUAUAAAAUAGAAUAAUUCACAAGGAUUUUAAAAUUCCAAAACAUGAGUGAUUUCGUAUAAUUUGGUGUCACUGAAAGAUUGAAACAUAAAAUGCUUGAAAGUUCUGGUCACCUUCAAUUCUUUGUCAUGAAUCACUGUUUGGCCAGAUCAGAUCCCAAUAACUUUACUGCCAAUGUCUCUCUGGACUUCCAUUUGUGCCAUCAGAUGUCCUUAGCUUUAGUAUAAGUAUGCCUCAUGAUUCACAAUGGUAACCUAGCAUUUUAGAAUACGGCACAAUGCUUCCUGUAUUUUCAUUGUUGUUUCUGAAUGAGUAUUUGCUUUUAGGUAGUGAGUCAAAAUGGUGUGUAGCAAAUAAUGUUAAUAACUAGUCACUGUAUUAGAACUAUGAGUUUUUUUAGUAUUAAAAUUUAUGAUCAAUAUGUGCUCUUCCAAUUUAUUUAGACAAAAAUUGAACAAAAUCAACUGACUAGACAUCAUUAUGUAGAGUAUGUAUCUGAUUGUUUCCAUAUUGAUACCAUUUUUGUCAUGUUAAGAAUGUAAAGUAGGUCAGUGUAUCCUUUUUUCUCAAAUUAUUUAAUGCAUAGUUGAGUAAAAGAGUCAGCGGUGAGAAACUAUGCAGUCUAACAGCACACAAACACAGCACUGUUUCCAUUAAAACAUGUAACUAUUUCAGUCCAAUGUAUUAGUGUAGUGUUUUUGAAGCUUUUAAUAUCUUUGGUUUAUGGCAUCCUUCCUAAAAGGUUGAUUCAUUGACAAUAUUAAGUGCCUGAAAAUUCAAAAUAAUUUUGUUAUGUAUGUUUUCCACUUAAAAAACAUUUAUAAGAAACAUAAUGAUCAGCAAUACUGGUACACUGUAGCAGGGACAGUAUUUUGGUUGAACUUACUUUUUUUGUGUGUGCUGUGUGUCAUGUAUUUUAUGUGAAAAUGAGUAAUAAAACAGUUUCCUAGCCAAUCACAGAUUGCAGGGAACACAUGAAACAUU